GCGGACGGCGGGGGCGGGGCCUGCGGGCGGCCUGGUGGCGCCGGCGCGGCGCUGAUGGCCGGGCAGGUGAAGGACCGCGAGGCCUUCCAGAGGCUCAACUUCCUGUACCAGGCCGCCCACUGCGUCCUCGCGCAGGACCCCGAGAACCAGGCGCUGGCGCGCUUUUACUGCCACACGGAGAGGACCAUCGCGAAGCGGCUGGUCCUGCGCAGGGACCCCUCGGUGAAGAGGACUCUGUGUCGCGGCUGCUCCUCCCCGCUCCUCCCGGGCCUCACCUGCACUCAGCGCCAGAGACGCGGCAGGGGACAGCGCUGGACAGUACAGACCUGCCUAACGUGCCAGCGAAGCCAGCGUUUCCUCAAUGACCCAGAGCAUCUGCUCUGGGGAGAUAGGCCCGAGGCCCAGCUGGGGAGCCAGGCAGAUCCCAAACCACCACAACCCUUGACAACCAUAGCCCACCCCAUUCCAGCCCACCUUCCUGAGGAGAAAGUGCAGCCUCAGGGCACCAGUGACCAGUGAUGGAUUCACCCCAUCUUCCAAAUAAAGUUUAAUUGUGUUUUACUUUG